AAUGCGCGAGACAGAAGAAGUGGUGGAAUAUUGAGCGGAGCCGCUUUAAAGUCAGAAGCAGUCAUGGACCUCAGCUCGUUCGAGGCGGAUAACUCCUCCAGCUGCCGGCUGGCCUCCCACAUCCCCGAGGUGUGCCGGACCGAGGACUGCUGCCUGGGCAUCGACGAGGCGGGCAGGGGGCCCGUGCUGGGUCCCAUGGUGUAUGGAAUAUGUUUCUGUCCAGUUUCCAAAAAGGAAGAUCUGAAGGACUUGAAAGUGGCAGAUUCAAAGACUCUGACUGAGACUGAAAGAGAAAAUCUUUUCCAAAAAUUGGAUGAGGCCAAAAGUUACAUCGGCUGGGCUCUGCAAAUCCUCUCGCCGAACACCAUCUCUACCAGCAUGCUGCAGAGGACAAAAUACAACCUGAAUGCUCUUUCCCACGAUACUGCCAUUGGUCUGGUACAGUAUGCCUUGGACAGUGGCGUACAACUGAAGGAGGUUUUUGUGGACACAGUGGGCCCAGCAGAGAAGUAUGAGGAAAAGCUCUCCCAGCUGUUUCCGGGUAUUGAGGUGACUGUGAGGCCAAAAGCUGACUCCCUCUUCCCUGUCGUCAGUGCAGCCAGUAUCUGUGCUAAGGUUGCCAGGGACCGUGUGGUCAAAGACUGGAAGUUUGCUGAGGACCUGAGAGAGGUGGACACAGACUACGGGUCAGGAUACCCUAAUGACCCCAAGACCAAAGCCUGGCUGCUGAAGUACAUGGAUCCCGUGUUUGGUUACCCUCAGUUUGUUCGAUUCAGCUGGAGCACCGCACAGACUCUGAUGGACAGCAAGGCAGCGACCGUUCAUUGGGACGACGACGACGAGGAGACGGGGGAGAAGGCGGCUCAGCGACAGAACAACCGGUCCAUGCUGUCCUACUUCAGCGCGUCCGCUGGAGGUAAAGACCACAAUCCAACCCGCAAGACUCACCGCUUCUUCACUGAGCGGCGGCUGAAGAGCCUCAACACACUGUGAAGACUCACCAAAGGACACACGGCUCAUGGGAGCUCUCUUUUUUCACUCUGUGGUGUCACUAUAAAUCCCUCAACCAUCACUGACAUUGUCUUUGUAUGAACAAAUCAUACAAAGUCAGAUCCUAAUCUUGAUUUAUUUGUACUCAUUGUUCUUGUUUUUUUUAUAUACAUAAAAACAUUGCUUAAAGCUGGUUCUUUGUAUUCCUACAAUCCAUAUUUUUAAAGUCCUGCUGCAGUGUUUUUUUCACCAGCUUGUUUUAUUAGUUUUCCUGCUGCAAAGCACCUGUUCAGAGCUGAAAAGUGAGAAAAUGUCUUCUUGACUGUAGGAGAGGGAGAACACUCCAAUGUGUAGUUUUGCCAGUUAGAAAGGUAAUACUGCCCUCUAGUGGUGACAUUAUAAAAGGACUGAUAGUUUGAGUUUUCCUUAUUUUUUCAUCAUAAUUUGGAAAAUAAAUUGGUCUUUAAAAACUGAAAUCCUUUAAUUUGUCAAAAUAUUCACAAUAAGUUCUUAACCCCUACAAAUUUAUCAGUCAGUGUUUAAAGGAGGAUCCAUAACUUUCAUACCAGGAAAAUAUAAGAGUGUGUUUAUCAUAGAAGCUGUGAAUCAGUUAAUCUGGAAUGAAAAUCACCCUUUUUUCCACCAGGAUCCCGUUCACGCAGUUCAACUUUUGAAAAAUCAAUUUUAAAAAGGUAGAUCAAUACUGCUCAUCAUCACAUACAAAAGCCGUUAAAAAUAAUUUAUUAGGAACUCUCAUACCAAGUAAAAGACAUUUUGUUCAGGCUGAUUCAUUAAAUGGAAAUGUCUUGGUUUGUGUUCUUCUGAGUUUAAAAUAGGAUGGAGACUCAUCUUUGAUGUUCAGUCAGAUUUGAGCCGAACUGAGUUUGUUUUUCCGCUCAGUGUAUUUUUAGUUUUUCAGAGAUGGCUUGGCUCAAAAAAAAAAAGAAAGAAAAAAGGAAAACAAUGUCUCAUUACAAACAGCUUCCCUAACUAAUUUAACAAUCAUGUUAUGUAACUUAAUCAAAAAACAGUGCAACUCCUUAACAAUGAAUUUAAAUGUAAAAAAAUAAACAUUUAGUUUUUUUUCUA